AUGUCGGAAAACACGGGCGGUCAUUCCGACCAAUUUCCUGUGUCCGUCUCAUCCCUUCAUUUCCCCUCCGCAGCGCAAUCCAUUUCUCAGACUUUGUCGUCGCUGCGACGAUCGGCGCUGUCUAUUUCCAACCGCCUUCGUUCAAUUGAGUCCGAUGCUGCAUUCGUUGCAGAGGUUGCCGAGCACUACGGCUUGCCUCUAGUCGCCAACGAAAGAUGCGGGAGUUGGUACAUUUCGCCGGACAUCAAAGCUGGUAGUGCCUAUUUCAAGAGCACGGAUGGCCAUACCGGUCAGUGGGAUUUUAGUUUUCGUAGACUGAAUCUACAAAUAUUACCACUUACUCGGCAACAUGGGGGAUCUAUUAUUGUCGAUUCCACGCGUCGGGGUAAAUUGAUGCCCGAUGCCUUGUCUAAGACUGUUCCAAUAUGGUGCGCCGUCAUGAAUCGAGCACUUUUCCCAUCCGAUGCUGCAUAUCAUGCAGUACAGCUUCCGCCGAAUUAUCUAGGCGCCUCGGAGGAAUCGCAGAUUGAACGCCGGAUUGAUGGUUUCGUAAAAUCGCUCAAGGAUCUCAAACUUGACCUGGAUGAUCUCAGGCAGCAACUUGGAAAGCCCAUUCGGGUGGCAUGGGCCAAUCGGUCUUAUUUUUAUCCUACCGAUCUGCACAAAGGACUCGACUAUAACCUUUUCGUUCUCUGUUCUGCGUCCAAACGAGUGCACGGAGCAGAAAUUUCAGAGGGUGGCUACAUUCAAGGCGCAGGGGAUGACAGCGAGGGCUGGGCCCAGGGAUUGACUCCGCCAGUUUUCUGGGCCCACAAAGCGACUCUCUUGAAGACGCCCGAGGAGGAUUUGCCCGAACUGGUCGAAGAACUGGUGAAAGAGCAUCGAGGUCAGGAUACUGCUGAACAAGCCACAAUGGUUGCGCCUACUCGGAAUCUUUAUAUCAGUCAAACGAACGCCAGUAUCAACGACAGUGGUCUCUAUGACCUCGUAAUUGAUUGCAAUGGCAGACCCGAGGCAUCAGAAGGAGACCCAAAGCGGCUCAACCUUGGAUGUAGGUCGUCAAAACUGGGAAGCCGCGACUUGAGACAAGAGCUCGAUAAGGUUCGAGCUUUUGUCAGUUCCCAGCUCGCCACCGAUCCUUCACGAUCACUACUAGUUACCUGUGAAACUGGUAAAGAUCUCUCCGCUGGUGCUCUCCUUGCUAUCAUAUGUCUAUUCUACAAUGAUGAUGGAUCGUUCACAACAUCCCCGGCGAGGCAAUCAAUAGACAAGCAAUUCAUACGACAACGUCUUGCCUGGAUCGUGUCAUCAAAACAUGAUGUGAACCCGUCGCGCCCCACUCUUCAGUCGAUCAAUGCAUUUCUGAUGGAACGACCGGAUUAUUAA